AUGCUACAUUUCCUACUCACCACUUCAUAUUCUUCUUUACAGUGCAAGAACAACAAGGGCAAUGAUGUAGACUGGUAUGCGUUAUUUAAAAUGCCAACGUUAAAAGAUCGAAACCCGAACCAUGCAACUGGAAUGGCCUUCUUUUACACAGAUCCAUCAACCAGUUUGUCCGAGGCGCCAUCUGAUGUCGGCUCUAUGAAGAAUAACCCUUUGUAUAACACGCUUGCCCCGAUGUAUUCUAACAAUCCUGAAGUCGGCUACAUGAUUAUUUCGGACCAACCACCACACAGAACAUCUAAUCCCUCUGACACAUAUGCACACAAAAAGGGCGUCCUUAUUUUCGAUAAAGAUAAUGGUCUUUACCUUGAACAUUCAGUUCCACGCUAUCCAAAUGAUCCAAAAGUUACAACUGAGUACUCAUAUCCUGACACUGGCACUAACUUUGGCCAAGCAAUGCUUUGCACAUCUUUAACUCAUCAACAAAUCAACGAUUGGGCCUAUGGAAUGUUAAUUGAGCGUGGAUACGUAGUUUCCUACAAUGCACCUUCUUUUACUGAUCUUAAGAUACCAAAUCUACAACAAGUUAUCGAUGGAAAAUGGAUUGAAAGCCAAGUUCAAACGAAAGUUACAGAUAUCAAUUUAAAGACACGUUCUAUCAAGCUAUUCUCCAAAUGCAGGUUCUGGGGACAAGACUUGUACCACGAUCUCGUUGCACCAACCUUCCAAACAAAUGUAAUUUCAGAAACAUGGGCAAGAGGACCAGGAACAAUGACAUCCGACUGCAGUUCGAGAUACCACUCAAACAACAUCCUUACAGUCAGUAUAAACGGCGUUCAAUGGACAAGAAUGAACGAUCACUCCAAAUGGGCCGUUGCAGGCGAUUAUAUCUGCAUCGGAGGAAUAAAUCGCCAGGAUAAACAAAAGGAACGUGGUGGAGGAACUUGGUGCAUGAAAGAUGCAAAAUUUGCUGCAUUAAUGAGAAAAAGUGCUAUUGAAGUUGAACAGUGCCCUUAA